AUGGCAGAAUCUCGGUUCCUCCUGAGCUCCCCCUUCUCCAUUAAUGGCGGCGCCUGCGUGGCAAUGGUCGGCAAGGACUGCGUAGCCAUAGCCUGUGAUCUGCGCCUCGGUCUCCAAUCCCUAACCGUCAGCAACAAUUUCCCCAAGAUCUUCUCCUACGGCGACGUCUACCUCGGCCUCACGGGGCUCGCGACGGAUGUUUCUACAGUGUCUGAUCUCUUCCGCUACAAAGUCAACAUGUACCGUCUCCGCGAGGAGCGCAAUAUCUCGCCUUCGACCAUGGCCAACUUAGUUUCUUCCUCCCUGUACGAGAAGCGCUUCGGCCCAUACUUUGUCAGUCCAGUAGUCGCAGGUAUCGAUCAAAAGAGUGGGAAGCCGUUCAUCUGUGGGUUCGACAGUAUUGGGUGCAUUGAUUUCGCCAAGGACUUUAUUGUCGGCGGGACGGCGAGUGAUCAGUUGUUUGGUACCUGUGAGGGACUUUGGGAGCCGGACUUGGCGCCAGAGGACCUGUUCGAGACCAUCUCUCAAGCCCUCCUAAACGCAGUUGACAGGGAUGCAUUGUCCGGUUGGGGUGCUCACGUCUACAUCAUCGAGAAGGAUAAGGUCACGAAGCGGUUAUUGAAGGGUAGACAAGAUUAA